AUUGCGACCGAGCUCAGCGUACGUGACGUCGCUUCCUCUCUCCAACAUGGCGCAGGAGGCAGGUCGUUAACGGACAUCUGAGGGAUUUACCCCACCUUUCUGUGUUUAUGUAUGUUUGUCCCUUAAGGAGGGGGGGUCUCCGAGGGUGACAUUUGUGAAGGAAUACAUCUCCGUUCGAGGCGGUUGCACCUCCCUCCCUUUCCCCCACCAGCACCCCCUUCUUCUCCUCCCUUCGGGACCAGGCACACCUCGCCCCAAAAAAAAAGAGAAAGAAAUUCCGGUGCGACAUGUUUGAGGGCAAAAAGACGAAAAACAUGUUCCUCACACGAGCUUUGGAAAAGAUCCUGGCCGACAAGGAGGUGAAGAAGGCUCACCAUUCGCAAUUGCGCAAAGCGUGCGAGGUGGCACUUGAGGAAAUCAAAGAGGAAUCAGAAAAAUUAAGUCCGCCGAGCGCAGAAGGCAAAUCGGGCUCCAGCACCUUGCCGCCAAUCAAAUCGAAGACCAACUUCAUCGAGGCCGACAAGUACUUCCUGCCGUUUGAGCUGGCAUGUCAGUCCAAAUGUCCCCGCAUCGUCAUCACCUCGCUCGACUGUCUGCAGAAGCUGAUCGCGUACGGCCACCUGACGGGCAGCGCCCCGGACAACACGGCCCCGGGCAAGAAGCUCAUCGACCGGAUCAUCGAGACCAUCUGCGCCUGUUUCCAAGGGCCGCAGACGGACGAGGGCGUGCAGCUGCAGAUCAUUAAGGCUCUGCUGACGGCGGUGACCUCCCAGCACAUAGAAAUCCACGAGGGCACCGUGCUGCAGGCCGUGCGCACGUGUUACAACAUCUACCUGGCCAGCAAGAACCUCAUCAACCAGACCACGGCCAAGGCCACGCUCACGCAGAUGCUCAACGUCAUCUUCGCGCGCAUGGAGAAUCAAGCACUUACAAAUCACAAGCUCUCUUGGUCUCUGGCCUCCAGAAAGCGUGACCGCCAGCUACAGGAAGCGAAACAGCUGGAGCGAGAGCGGCACCGGCAGCACACGGAGCCGGACUCCCCCCAGCUCGAGGCCCACGGCCACCCGCAGGCCAAGAGUCCGACCCGGGAGGCUGACGGGGCCGCCACCCCUCCGACCCCGAGCGCCACCACCCCGUCUACCCCCUCAACACCCGCCCCGGAGGGCGGCAGCAGGUCUGCGGGGCGGGAGGAGCCGAGGGAGCCGCAGGAGCCGGGGCCGGAGCCGGGGCAGGGGCCCGCCCACGAGAACCCGGGAGCAGAGAACGGUUCUGAUUUCUGCGCAGCAGAGAGUGAGCAGACUGAGGCGGAUCAGGCCACAGCAGCAGCACAAAACGCAGCAGGCCAGCAGCACCCAGGGGCGGAGGAAGAGGGGACGCCCAACUACGAGGAAAAAGCCCAGGAGAUCGUGCAGAGCAUUUUGCAGGAGGUGGUGAAUACUGUCGCAGGAGGACACUGCUUGGACCCGGCGAACCUCUGCUCCGACACAAAGGAGCCCGGCGGCGGCGGCGGCGGGGGGGGAGAGGGCAACGCGGCGGAGUCGGACCCGCCUGAGGCGGCGAUGGAGGGACCCCAGAGCUCCCUGGAGGACGAGGGCACCGACAGCGAGCACGUGCACGCCAACGGCAUCCCCGGCACGCCCAUUUCCGCCAGCUUCACGCCGUCGCUGCCCGACGACAGGCUGUCCCUGUCGUCCAACGACACCCAGGAGUCGGGCGCCGCUCCGGGACAGCCGCCCGGCGCAAAGUUCUCCCACAUCCUCCAGAAAGAUGCCUUUCUCGUCUUCCGCUCGCUCUGCAAGCUGUCGAUGAAACCUCUGUCGGAUGGACCACCUGAUCCCAAGUCCCACGAGCUGCGUUCGAAGGUGCUGUCCCUCCAGCUGCUCCUGUCCAUCCUGCAGAACGCCGGGCCCAUCUUCAAGACCAACGAGAUGUUCAUCAACGCCAUCAAGCAGUACCUGUGCGUGGCCCUGUCCAAGAACGGCGUCUCCUCCGUGCCGGAGGUCUUUGAACUCUCCCUCUCCAUUUUCCUCACGCUGCUCUCCCACUUCAAGACGCACCUAAAGAUGCAAAUCGAGGUGUUCUUCAAGGAGAUUUUCCUGUACAUUCUGGAGACGUCCACAAGCUCCUACGACCACAAGUGGAUGGUUAUACAGACGCUGACAAGAAUAUGUGCAGAUGCCCAGAGUGUGGUGGACAUCUACGUGAACUAUGAUUGUGACUUGAACGCUGCUAACAUAUUCGAGCGGUUGGUCAAUGACCUCUCAAAAAUCGCGCAGGGUCGCGGAGGCCAUGAGCUCGGCACGACGACCCUACAGGAGCUGACCCUGAGAAAGAAGGGACUUGAAUGUCUAGUGUCCAUCCUGAAAUGUAUGGUAGAAUGGAGUAAAGACCAAUACGUCAACCCUAACUCCCAGACCAGCCUCGGCCAAGAGAAGCCGGUGGAGCAGGAGAGCACAGAGACCAAGGCCCCGGAGACCAUCAAUCGCUACGGCAGCAUCAACUCCCUGGACUCCACGGCCUCGUCCGGCAUCGGCAGCUACAGCACCCAGAUGUCAGGCACCGACAACCCCGAGCAGUUUGAGGUCCUCAAACAGCAAAAGGAGAUCAUUGAGCAAGGCAUCGACCUGUUCAACAAGAAACCAAAGAGGGGCAUCCAGUACCUUCAGGAGCAAGGCAUGCUGGGUACAACCCCGGAGGAUCUCGCUCAGUUCUUGCACCAGGAAGAGAGGCUCGAUUCGACUCAAGUGGGAGAAUUCCUUGGAGACAACGAUCGCUUCAAUAAGGAGGUGAUGUACGCCUACGUGGAUCAAAUGGACUUCCAGGGCAAAGACUUUGUCUCCGCACUGAGGACCUUCCUGGAGGGCUUCCGGCUCCCCGGAGAGGCCCAGAAGAUCGACCGGCUCAUGGAGAAAUUUGCAGCGAGAUAUCUUGAAUGCAAUCAGGGACAAACCCUCUUUGCCAGUGCUGAUACGGCUUACGUCCUUGCCUACUCCAUCAUUAUGUUGACGACAGACCUUCACAGUCCACAGGUGAAGAAUAAAAUGACAAAAGAGCAAUACAUCAAAAUGAACCGCGGCAUCAACGACAGCAAAGACCUCCCCGAGGAGUAUCUCUCGGCCAUCUACGACGAGAUCGCCGGAAAGAAGAUCGCCAUGAAGGAGACCAAAGAGCUCACCAUGAAAUCCAGCAAGCAGAGUGUGGCCAGCGAGAAGCAGCGGCGCCUGCUCUACAACGUGGAGAUGGAGCAAAUGGCGAAGACGGCCAAGGCUCUGAUGGAGGCCGUCAGCCACGUGCAGGCUCCCUUCACCAGCGCCACACAUCUGGAGCACGUCAGGCCCAUGUUCAAGCUGGCGUGGACACCGUUCCUGGCGGCCUUCAGCGUGGGUCUCCAGGACUGCGAUGACACGGAGGUGGCCUCGCUGUGUCUGGAGGGCAUCCGCUGCGCCAUCAGGAUAGCGUGCAUCUUCUGCAUACAGUUGGAGAGGGACGCGUACGUGCAGGCCUUGGCGAGGUUCACCCUGCUGACCGCCAGCUCUGGCAUCUCCGAAAUGAAGCAGAAGAACAUCGACACCAUCAAGACCCUCAUCACUGUGGCCCACACCGACGGCAACUACCUCGGAAACUCUUGGCACGAGAUCACAAAGUGCAUCAGUCAGCUGGAGCUGGCUCAGCUGAUCGGCACAGGAGUGAAGGCGCGCUACAUCUCAGGGACGGUGAGGAGCAAAGAGGGGUUCAUCACGAGUACCAAGGAGCAGAGCAACGACGAGUACCUCGGCCUAGUCGGGGGGACGGUGGACCGCAAGCAGAUCGCCAGCAUUCAGGAGUCCAUCGGAGAGACCAGCUCUCAGAGCGUGGUGGUGGCUGUGGACAGGAUAUUCACCGGUUCUACCAGACUGGAUGGUAACGCAAUAGUGGAUUUUGUGCGCUGGCUGUGUGCCGUGUCCAUGGAUGAGCUGGCCUCGCCCACACACCCACGCAUGUUCAGCCUGCAGAAGAUAGUCGAGAUCUCUUACUACAACAUGGGGCGCAUCAGGCUGCAGUGGUCCAGGAUCUGGGAGGUCAUCGGAGACCACUUCAACAAGGUCGGCUGCAACUCCAAUGAGGAUGUGGCCAUUUUCGCAGUGGACUCUCUCAGGCAACUGUCCAUGAAGUUUCUGGAGAAAGGGGAGCUGGCUAACUUCAGAUUCCAGAAAGACUUUCUCAGACCUUUUGAGCACAUCAUGAAAAAGAACAGAUCCCCCACCAUCAGAGACAUGGUGGUGCGCUGCAUAGCUCAGAUGGUUAACUCCCAGGCAGCAAACAUCCGCUCAGGCUGGAAGAACAUCUUCUCUGUCUUCCACCUGGCCGCCUCUGACCAGGACGAGAGCAUCGUGGAGCUGGCCUUCCAGACCACCGGCCAUAUAGUCACAAACGUAUUUGAGAAACACUUUGCGGCCACAAUCGACUCCUUCCAGGACGCCGUCAAGUGUCUGUCCGAGUUCGCCUGCAACGCCUCCUUCCCGGACACCAGCAUGGAAGCCAUCCGCCUCAUCCGGCACUGCGCCAAAUAUGUCUCAGAGAGGCCACAGGCCUUCAAAGACUACACCAGCGACGACAUGAAUGUAGCGCCCGAGGACCGCGUGUGGGUGCGGGGGUGGUUCCCCAUCCUCUUCGAGCUCUCCUGCAUCAUCAACCGGUGCAAGCUGGAUGUCAGGACCAGAGGGCUGACCGUGAUGUUUGAAGUGAUGAAGACAUACGGGCACACCUUUGAGAAGCACUGGUGGCAAGACCUCUUCCGAAUUGUCUUCAGGAUCUUCGACAACAUGAAGCUGCCAGAGCAACAGACCGAGAAAGCGGAGUGGAUGACCACCACCUGCAACCAUGCACUUUACGCCAUCUCCGAUGUGUUCACCCAAUACUUUGAGUCCCUCAACGACGUCCUGCUGGAUGACAUUCUGGCUCAGCUCUACUGGUGUGUGCAGCAAGAUAACGAGCAGCUCGCUCGUUCAGGCACCAACUGUCUAGAGAAUGUUGUAAUCCUGAAUGGAGAGAAAUUCUCCCUGGAGACCUGGGACAAGACAUGCAACUGCAUGCUGGACAUCUUCAAGACCACCAUCCCACACGCGCUGUUAACAUGGAGACCAGCAGGAGCAGAGGGAGAACAUGUGACCGCACCGAGCCUCUCAGACAAACCGCUGGACUCCACUUCCCAGAAGUCGGUGGAUGUUCCGACCCGCCACGACGACCAGCAUUCAAUCGGCAGCGCCGAUCGGGUCGCCGCCGACAACCGCCGGCAGAGUCAGUACAGCGCCGCCUCGGGCAUGUGUGAGGACGGCUCCCGCAGCAGGACCCCGAUGAAGGCCCAGGAGCAGCGCUUAUUCACAGCUUUGCUGAUAAAGUGUGUCGUGCAGCUUGAGCUGAUCCAGACUAUCGACAACAUUGUGUUUUUUCCGGCCACAAGCAAGAAGGAAGACGCCGAGAACUUUGCUUCGGCCCAGCGGGACGCCCCGUGUGCGGUCAGCGUCACGGCGGAGACCCAGGCCCAAGGCAUGUACCGCUACCUGACCUCAGAACAGCUCUUCAAGCUGCUGGACUGCCUGCUGGAGUCGCACGACUUCGCCAAGGCCUUCAACUCCAACAACGAGCAGCGCACCUUGCUGUGGAAAGCAGGAUUCAAAGGGAAGUCGAAGCCCAACCUGCUGAAGCAGGAGACCAGCAGCCUGGCGUGCGGCCUGCGCAUCCUGUUUCGUAUGUACACAGACGAGAGCCGCCAGGACGCCUGGGAGGAGGUCCAGAGACGGCUGCUCGAUGUGUGCAGUGGGGCUGUCGCCUACUUCUUGGCUCUGACCUCAGAGAGCCACAGAGAGGCCUGGACCAACCUGCUGCUGCUCUUCCUCACCAGGGUGCUGAAGAUCAGCGACGAGAGGUUCAAGGUGCAUGCGUCCCGGUACUACCCUCUUCUCUGUGAGAUCAUGCAGUUCGACCUGAUCCCCGAGCUGCGGGCCGUCCUCAGAAAGUUCUACCUGCGCAUCGGCCUCGUGUUUCACAUCGCGCGGCUGCCAGAACCAGAACCCCAGCCGGCACACAGCGAGCAGCAGCAGCAGCAGCAGCAGCAGGCGGAGCCGGAGGUCGGGGACGAGGUCGAGUGACGGCGCCCCCCCCCCUCAAACACUGAGCCCUUCUGAGGCCCCCCCCCCCCCUCAGGGACGGCUAUCUGCCACCACCCACCCUGCACCCGUAACCCUGUCACCGCACACCUUGUCCACACAGACGGCCCCCGACACAGUGCUCCGUCACCAUGACGGCCACAAGGUGUAGCAUCGGAUAAGACUACUGAUUAACAGCUGACAGUUAACCAUAUCUCUGAUCCGCUCAGAAGGAAUAUAUUUCAAAUGAUGUGUGCUUCUUACUGUAUAUUUAAAAGAGUAAAGAGUGAAUGGAGGGAACAACAUGCAACAGGACAUGUUUAGUAACUAUGAAAUGUGACAUUUGUCCCACAUUGAUGAUGAUCUUUCUGUCUGCACCGCAGAUGGCUUACGGUAGUACUGGUAGCCUCUGGGAUGAUACUAGUUGUACAGAUCUGCCGCAGUGUAAAAUAAUCUUAACACUAGAUUUUGUUUAUUUUUCUUUAUCUUUUUUUUCCCCCCCUCCACUCGGAUUUGCUGCACUUGAUCUCUGUUUUGAAUGCACUGGAGAUUUUACUUUUGUGAUAAUUUAUUUGACUCUACCAUCUCUACCGUACGAUUUGUAAUUGAACAUAAACGUGGAAAGUGAAGGGUUAAAUUAUUCCAUUUUAUAUGUUCUUAGGUUUUUAUCGGAGAUAAUAACUGGGCUUCUGAAACUGAAAGAUAAGAGAACAACCUGAUGCUAGCUGCUUUUGAGUCACUAGUUUGUUUUCAUGUUUGAGUUUAGUUUUCACUCUCGUGUACAAAAUCAAAAGUUAAUAAUAUAUUUAAUGUUUUUUCUUUCUUUUGUCUGCGGGAAAUGUAAAUGUAUAGAGAAAAUGACAAAUGUUAGCUGUGCUUUAAGUAUGAAUGGGAUGCAUUCCUGCUUAUGGAUGUAGAAAACAAAAUGUAUAUGAGACAGCAAUGUAAAGUUUUCUAUGUUGCAAAAAGGAUUAUGUACAACUUUCUGUACGAUACAUCAUCUGGCAUUCUAAUCAGGUUCUAGGUCAAUAAAGUUUUUGAACUUG